AUGCUCAAGAGCCUCUUCGGAGUGAAGUGCUGACUAGUGGGAACAUUCUCCACCAUCUCUCAACUUCCUUCUCUCCUUGAAAGUGAUCUUUGUCAACUAGCAAACUUGCAUCCCUGAACAGAUAAAAGGAGAAGUGGCCUCUGGGCCUGAAACAGAAUUGUGCUUAUCGGGACAAAGGCAAGUUGCACGGCUCCCUCAAGACCACUCAGGCAAGGGAGAUUCCAUGUUUCUGGUAAGACUCAUUUCAACUAUUAGAAUAAGGUUACCAGAUUUUUUUCAAUGAAUCAGGGGACACUUUUCAACGUCAAUGGAUUUUGUAUGGGGACUGAUUUGUAAAUCUGGGGACUGUCCCCGGGAAACGGGGACGUCUGGUAACCUUAUAUUAGAAGUUAUCGUGCAACCACUUCUUUUGCAUGGCUGCUGGCAUACUAGAGGGGAUUUGGUGAUGGAGCUCUUGCGCCAAUGUCCUCGCUUAAUGCUCUCUGGCUCUUUUGAAAGGUCACAAUACUUGGAGCAAAUGAAUGAAGGCUUCAGCGCAAGGCUAUCCCAGGCUUUGGGAGGGGUUGCAAGGACCCUCCCAGGAUUUAGGGUUGGCCCAGAAAGAGGGGAUGGCUGUGGUUGGGUAGCUAAGGAAGAACUUAAUGGCAGAAAGUGCUGUUUGGCAGUGCAACACGCUACUUUGGAAAGUGGUGGAGAUUUUUGAUGGCCAUCUGUCAGGGAUACCUUAGCUGUGAUUCCUGCAUUGCAGAAGAAUGGACUAGAUAAACCCUGGGGUCCUUUCCAAGUCUACAGUUCUAUGACUCCAUGGCCUCAGAAGGUGGUGGCCUGUCCUUCAAUGGAGGUCUUUAAACAGAGGUUGGAUGGCCACCUCUCAGGGAUUAUUUAGCUGUAAGUCUUGCAUUGCAGGGGCUGUGCUAGAGUCCCCUUUCUUCGUAUCCUAUUGUUUCCCUGGAGGAGCAAAGAGGGAGGGAGCUGCCUGUGCUUAUGGAGCAAAGACGCAAUCCUCAGAAUUGUAUUAGAAGAUUGUGCCACCUCAGAGGGUUACAGGAACACCAUCUGCAGCAACGCCCUCCUUCAGUCGAUCUCAUUAUUUGCCUCCUUCCACACACAAGAGAGAGUGGGGUCUUGCUGGCAAUCCAUCAAGGUAGGAUUGCUCUCUCAAGCACCUGCUUUCUCCAAAGAGGGAGCAGAAGGGAGAGAGGAAUAAUUGGUGCUCCUGCUUGCUUCAGAACACUCUCCAUCCAAACCUUUGUUUAUUUUUAUUUUUUAUUUCCUACCUUCCUACGUACAUAAAAAGGUAUGGCUGUCAUCACACAGCCCCCACAGGAGGAUUUGCAGUACCAUAUCACAAUCCUGGAUUUGCAUGAAAUCAGGGUGGGGGAGGAAAGCAAAAGAGAGGGCAGGGUUUAACAAGGUGGCUUUAAACCACAACAGAGGACUGAAUAAGCCCUGGUGGAGGAAAACCAAGGAGCUAUGAGGGGAUGAGGAGGUUGAAGGAGCUGCAAGGAUAUGGGGAACUUGAAAGAACUGGGGGGGUUGAAGGAGCUGUGACAGGGUGAGGGUAUGCAGUGGCGAAGCUACCUGCUCUGACACCGGGAGCGGCAUACACCUGUGGGCGUGGCUGGCACACAUCCCAGGGGGCGUGGCGCGACACACGUUGGGGGGGUGCGCAGCAAUCGGCGAGCAUCCCGGGGGGCAGCUGCAAUGUCACACACACCUCGAAUGGCACGCCUACCCCGCCCCCACCUUCGUCCACCAAUGAGGGUAUGAAGGUGUGGGUUUGGCAGAGCUGGCAAUCUACGCAAGCAGGGGCAGCAGCACCUAGUAUUGCAUUUUAUCAUAUUACAAUUUUCAUCCAAUGGAAUUCAAAUUGCAGGAAAAUAAAUUGCAAUGCAACGAAUAGAAUGAGUGAAAAAUGCCAUUAAAACCCAAUCUAAAUACGUGGUGCAGAGAUGCUGCAGACCCCCCUGAAUGAAGCUUGUGGGCAACUGGUGGCCCCCAGACCACAGCUGGGAAACCCCUCUUCUAGUGCAACAUAGGACUGCAGUGGAGACAGGAAGAGGAGGCGGCUGAUGCUCAGAUUCUCCCCCCUGUGCUCUGGGUGUGCCUGCUACUUCCCCCAGCACUUCUAGCUGAAGCAGCAUUUCACUGACCUUCCUGGAAGCAGUGCCAUUGCUGGUGUGUUUAAGUAUAUUGUUUGUUUAUUUGUUUUAUCUUUUUGUGCGUGGCAGGCAUCCUUCUUUCGAUGGCAUCACUAGUUCCUCCCUUUGUCCUCUCACACUCCACAUCCGUUAAAAUCUGUCCUGCCUCCUUCACAUCUCUUGUUUCUUGCAGGGAGGCAAAGGGAGAAGGGAGAGCGAUUUGGACCGAAGCCAUGGCCAUUUCAGAUGGAGCGGUUGAAGUACCAGCGUUGGGCCGCCCAUUUCAGCUUGGGAUGCUGUAUGACUGCCGCAGAGAUGCCCUCAUCCCAGGUAAAGCCGAUGGGGAGAUCACUUUGGUUGCCAUGUCUGGGAUGGAACAUGGCACUCAAAAUGAAACACACUUACGCAAAGACUCCAAGGGAGAUGACUUCAGCUUCUUCCAGAAUAGGGAAGAAUUAUUGGUUAUAUGAUGCAGGGCUGGGUUAGUGAGCCCUUUGUCAACAAGGUAUCAUUACUGAUGGACUCUGUUAGAAGCAAGAAAGCUUCCUCCAGAAAAUGGAACUCAUAUCCAAUAUAGAAGAAAAAGGGAUAGAAACUUUGACAAAGGAAUGCAAGCAAAAAUUAAGAGAUGCUUAAAAAAAAUUGGGGGAGUACUGUAUUUUUCGCUCUAUAAGACGCAUCAGACCACAAGACGCGCCUAGUUUUUGGAGGAGGAAAACAAGAAAAAAAAUAUUCUGAAUCUCAGAAGCCAGAACAGCAAGAGGGAGCAAUCCCUCUUGCUGUUCUGGCUUCUGUGAUGGCUGUGCAGCCUGCAUUCGCUCCAUAAGAUGCACACACAUUUCCCCUUACUUUUUAGGAGGGAAAAAGUCUUAUAGAGCAAAAAAUACGGUACAUUAUGAAAAACAUUAAAACCAGCAACAGGAAGUUCUUUAAAUACCUUUGUAGCAGGAGACCAUCUAUGGAGGAGGUUGGACACUUUGAUGACAAGGGAGUCAAAGGACUGCUAAUGGAGUAUAAGGAGAUUGAGGAGAAGCUGAAUGAAUUAUUUGCAUCUGUCUUCAUGACAGAAGACUGAGGGCUGAUCCCAGUGCCUGAACUAACAUACUCAGGAAGAGAGUUUGAGAGGAAAUGAGACAGGUUGUGGUGACAAAUCAGGUCAGGAUAGCAUCCACUUGAGUUCUUAAAGCACUUAAUUGUGAUAUUCUUUGAGAAUAUCAGAAAGCAUAUAGAUUCCUGUGGCACAUAAUUCACAAAUGGUGCUCACCAAGAGGACAUUCUUGGGGGCUUUAGCAAAUCAGCAUGGGACACAGAAAAUGAGUUUCCUAUGCUGAAGAGAAACAAAAAAUAAAAUAAAAACUGUGACAGUUGAAGGUGUCCACAGGGAAGCACAAUCAUCUACAGGGUUCACAUGCCUCCUACUAUCAUCUCUAGUAAAACAAUUUUUAAGUCUUUGCACAAUGCUUUAGAAAAGGUGCAAAGCUGUUUGACUUGGGUUGAAACUGAGACCAAAGAAUUAGUGUACUCACCAUGGACAAUGGUGGCUUUAUUCUACCACAAUUAAUACCUGUUGUUUCCCCAUACAUCCUAAGCAUUUCAGGCAGCAGUGCUGCCCAUUUAUCUGAACAUAACUAAAGCCUUGUGUGUUUGUUUUUCUGCUUCAUUCAAGGGGUCACCCUUUGGGACCCGGACUCACUUCGGAAGGACUUGAGUAUCCAAAGGCAGCCCAAGACUGAAAUUGAGAUCAUUGCUUCUGAUUCUAUUGAAGAUAAGACCUCUGCCCUCAAUGCCUCAGCAUCACUCAGAGUCAGUUUUCUGGGGGGGCUGGUUGAAGUGCAAGGAUCAGGCAAAUUCCUUGAAGACACCAAAAAGUUUGGGCAACAGACCAGAGUCACUCUGCAGUACAAAGCUACCACGAAAUAUGCUCAACUGACGAUGAGCCAUUUGGGAAUCCAAAACAUCUCUUACCCAUCUGUAUUUGAGCAUGGCAUGGCUACCCACGUUGUCACUGCCAUCUUGUAUGGCGCCCAGGCUUUUUUUGUAUUUGACCGAGAAGUCUCUUCUUCUGAGUCUGUAAAAGAGAUAGAAGCAGAACUCCGAGGUGCAAUCCAGCUCUUUAUAGUCUCUGCUGAAGGGAAACUGGCCUUCAAAACAACAGAGAGGGAGAGGAACUACACUCAGAAGUUCCGCUGCAAAUUCCAUGGAGAUUUUGUUCUGGAGAGGAAUCCAGUGACUUUCCAAGAUGCCAUGCAAACAUAUGCCAUCCUUCCUGCAAUGCUGGGGAAGGACGGGGAGAGGGCUGUUCCUGUAACCGUUUGGCUGUACCCACUGACCAAGCUUGAUUCCCAAGCAGCUAAGAUGGUGCGUGAGAUCAGCUUGGCCCUGGUCUUUGAUAGUCAAGCCAUCAUGGAGCAACUGAAUGAAAUCAGGAUGAGAUGCAAUGACUUGACAAACACCCGCAUUGCGAACAUCUUCCCAGAAAUAAAGAUGAAAAUCAAGAGAUUCAAGGAUUUGUGCAAGCAGCACAGGCAGACUUUCCAGAAACACCUGGCAGGAAUCCUGCCUUCUAUCAGAGGAGGGGGUAAAAUGGAACAAGCACUGGUGGAGAUCUUCAUUUCCAUUAACCAGUCUCCCUUCAACAGCCAAAGACUCAACGAGUUUCUGGAUGCCAAGGAACGAGAGAUUAAUUUGGUGAACUCUUACCUUAAUAUUCUACAUGGGAUGGAAGUCAUCUCCUCCAAGAACAAACUGGAAGAAAUAGUGCUAAGCCCUGCAAAUGAGUUUGUUCUCACAUUUACCUUCAGUUCUUUACAUGACGAGGAACCAUUUUUAGCCAGCUUACAACAAUGGCUUCAGAAGCCAGCAAGAGGACAGACAGAGCAUUGGAAAGCCUGGUUUGAGCAAAGAGAGAGAACCCGAAAAGCUCGAAAAACUGCCAAAUCUCUUAUGGAUUUUGCCCAAGUCAAUGAAUCCAAUGGGAAGAUCCGGUUCCUUGUGGCUUCUGUCCCAGAUCAGGACAAUCCAGGAGCUUCCAUUUACCUCUAUGAAGAUGGGGAGGUGGUCAACAGCAACUUUGAGCUGCCCUCAAAACCUCUCCCUCCCCUGGUUGGCCGAAUUGGACAUGACCAUGUGCAGCUGACAUUUCAACCUGCGGAGUAUGGGAGGGCUUCAAUCUCCAGCUAUCAGGUAGAAUACAAGACUGCAGGAGAAGGAAACUGGGAGAUUGUGAGUACAGACAACAGUCAGGAGACAUUCCACGUGAAAGGGUUGAGGCCAGACUCAGAAUACCAGUUUCGAUACACUGCUAGGAGCAAACCAGGACUUAGUGAGACUAGUGAUUUGAGUAGAUCUGUACAGACACUUCCUACCAGCCCUCCUGGGAAACCGAGAGAGAGAACUGUAGAGUCUUCCAAAAUCAGUCUUGUCUGGGAGAGCCCAAAGGUCAUUGGAGCUGAUAUAAAGGAGUACAAAGUGGAGUACAGGGGGCUGGUGGGCGAUAAGGACAGAUGGAAUGAAAAAAGAACAGGGGCAAAAACAGAGUCCUGUCAGCUGGAUGGGCUGAAGCCUCACAGAACCUACAGACUCAGAGUCUCCGCUGUAUGUUUUGAUGGGGCUGAGAGUGAGCCCAGCGAAGAGACUGAGAUUUCCACAGCAAUGGAAGAAGAAGAAGACGGGGCAAAUAUACUAGCUCGAAAAUACCUCCAGGAAAGCACCCUGGUGGAAGAUGGGCAACCAUCCGUGUAUGUACUUCCCCUGGAGGCCACCUCAGAUAGAUCGGCCCCCAUCCAAACAUACCAGCUAGGAAAAGAGAACCUGCAGGUCCCCAACAAAGUAAUCGUGAUGAUGGGGGCAACAGGGUCAGGGAAAACCACUCUCGUCAAUGCCAUGAUCAAUCAUAUCCUGGGUGUGCAAUGGGAAGAUGAUUUCCGAUUCAAACUCAUUCAGGCUGAAAGUCAGUCCUCAGAAGUGACCGCCUACGUAGUGCACCACCAGAAGGGUUUGGAAGUCCCUUAUUCUCUCACUUUCAUUGACACUCCAGGAUUUGGAGACAUGGGAGAUAGGAAGCAGUACAAACGGAUAACAAAGCAGAUCCGGGAGUUUUUCUCCACCCCAGGAGGAACGGAUCAUGUCGAUGUCAUCUGUAUUGUACUUCAGGCCUCCAGUGCUGCCUUAACUCGUGCCCAGAAAUACGUCUUUGACUCUGUGCUCUCCAUUUUUGGGAAAGAUAUAAGGAACAACAUGCAGAUCCUGAUCACCUUUGCAGAUGGACAUUCUCUUCCUGUUUUGGAAGCCAUGAAGAAGGAGGAUGUGCCAUGCAUUAAAGAUUCCAGUGGUAGCCCAGUUCACUUCAAAUUCAACAAUUCAGCUCUGUUUGCCAACAAUUCUGAAGAGAAUGAAGGGAACCUAAAUCCUAAUGACAAGUUCUGGAAAAUGAGCACUGCAAGCAUGAAGACAUUUUUGACACGUUAA